UCGGCAGGCAGUGUGAGUGUUGUGGUAGUUGUGACCGUUGGUCUUUGUAACGUGCAGUCUUCGCCAUGCCGGAGCCGGCCAAAUCCGCUCCCGCUCCCAAGAAGGGCUCUAAGAAAGCUGUCACCAAGGCCCAGAAAAAAGAUGGCAAGAAGCGCAAGCGCAGCCGCAAGGAGAGUUACUCCAUCUACGUGUACAAGGUGCUGAAGCAGGUCCACCCCGACACGGGCAUUUCGUCCAAGGCCAUGGGUAUCAUGAACUCCUUCGUCAACGACAUCUUCGAGCGCAUCGCCGGGGAAGCGUCUCGCCUGGCGCAUUACAACAAACGCUCGACCAUCACGUCCCGGGAGAUCCAGACGGCCGUGCGCCUGCUGCUGCCCGGCGAGCUGGCCAAGCACGCCGUGUCCGAGGGCACCAAGGCCGUCACCAAGUACACCAGCUCCAAGUGAGCCUCCUAUCGGGACGCAGCCUUCACACAGUCUCUGGCCUUUUUGCUCCAAAGGCUCUUUUCAGAGCCACCCAUCUUGUCAGUGAAAAAAGCUGUUCUCACGGUUCUCCCUAGUUGCAAGUUAUAUUUUUUUAUUCUGCUACCAGUUUCCCUUAGUCCUCAUCGGCCCUGAAGAUUGAGAGAAAUCUAAAGUGGGAAAAGGUUCUUUAGCUUCGUUGAGAGCUAGGGCCAACACUUGCUCAAAUACACGUUUUAGAAAGUGGACCGUGGUCCGUAUACGUCCUACGCAGUGUGUUAGAAAAAGGUAAAGAUGGGCUCAAAAGCGGUGAAUUUUGUUUUUUAGGCGAUCGGAUGCGGGCAGCACCACGUAAACGAAUUUUUCUUGCUAGAAACUUCAUGCAAUGUUAGUGUAAAAAUGUAAGGAAGAUACUUUGAGAAACUAUGCCCUAGUACCUAGAGUAAACUUCUGAUGAACCUGGGUGUUCUAAUGAAAUAAUUUUUAGCUAUAUCCCCUUAUCGUUUCAUAUUCCUUUCAAGUACAAUCGUUCCAUAUAUACUGCUUACAUUCAAGAGUUUAAGCAAAACUCCGAAUAAAACGAAAAGGUAGCUAUGAUCAAUAGUAAACCAUUUUACUCAGGUGUUGACACCUAUAAAUUCCCUAUAGUUUUAGUUCUGCUGUAUUACAGUCCUCUGGGUAAGAAAGGCAGGAGGGAAAAGGCUUAAAAUUGCUCAGGGAUUUCAAGAACUCCUACCAGCUAAUUAUAAAGUGCCCUCCAGAGACUUUCACCAGCAGUUUGUUGUUAUAACUGCUUGGCUUUAAAAAUAUUUGUCCCUUCUCCAGAAAACAUUCAUUAUCUCUUAAAAAUUGAGGCACAAAAAAAUAGAAUCAAAAAUGUUCUCUCCAGUUUUUAAACAGGAUGCCUUAAAAAAGUGUUGCCUAAAACAGUUCAAAGGCCUUUAGAUUCUAAUCUGAGAUAAAUAUUUCUAAAACCCCCUCAAAGUGCCACUGAACCGAAAUCACUGGGAGUAAGAAGCAAGGAGAAGACACCAGGCGAUCCAAAUGUUUGAUAAACACUAAUAUAUUCAUUGUGUAGCUGCCAUAUUCCUUGGAAAAAACCUGUUCACACUUUUCAGUCACUGCUCCAGACAUUUUCUUGUGUUUUGUUUCCAAUUGCUGUCUUGCUAGAAAACUUUCCAAGAACUGUUUGUAAUGCUCCAUACAAAACUAGUUUCACGUAUUCCCUCAUUAAUUCAGGACACCAAAUAUGGAAUUUUACAUUCCCACCUUUAUUGGGGUUUAAGAAAUACAUUUUAAGAGGAGGUCAGAUGAGAACAGGCAGUCAAGUCCUAGAAAAAUACAUGUUCAGUGCAACAGUGUCCUAAGCAAGUCCCCUUGUUUUUUGCUCACUUUUUUCCUCUUAUUUACCUACAUAAAAUCCCAAACACUGUCUUCUAGCAUGGUUUUCAUUACCUCCUGUCUGCCCCACCCAAUCAAACACAGAUAAUUCGUUUCCUAGUUAAAGGGCACUAUGAGUAGGGAUCGACUCCACGGCAGUGGGUUUGGUUUUUUGGAGUUUGGUUAUUGUACUAAACCUACAUCUUCUUUCCAGUUCUUAGUCCUUGUGAAACAUUUCCCUGCCUUUGCUCAUUCAUGCCUUGCUUGGCUCUAUGAGAGAAAAGGCAGAUUGCUGGACCCUGAAAAGUUCAGGUAAAGCAUGAAGAUGGGAAGUGAGGGGAAAGACAAGAGGCAAAAGGUUGAGUUUUUACAGGGUAAGAAUAUAAGAAAGUUUUAAAAGGAACAGAAUAUUAGCUAAAUAACCUAAUCGUAUGUGGAGGAGACAGUGGUCGACAUUUGCAUCUGGAGAGUCUCAGGAUAUAAGUAGUGUCCUAGGACUGCUGAAACAAAGUACCACAAACCAGGGGGCUUAAAACAACGGAAAUGUAUUCUUUCACAGUCCUGAACGCUGGAUGUGUGAAAUCAAGGUUGCAGCAAGGCCAUGCUAUCUUCAAAGGCUCUGGGAAGACUCCUUUCUUGCCUCUUCCGUAGCUUCUGGUGGCUGUUGAUAAUUCUUAGGAUUCCUUGACUUGUAGCUGCAUGACAUCAAUUUCUGCUUCCCUCGCGGUGCUCUCCUGUGUGUGUGUCUAUAUCUUCAUAUGGCUUUUUUAUAAGAGUACCAUUGAUUGGAUUUAGGGCCUACCCUAACCCAGUAUGACAUAAUCUCAACUUUAAUUGUUGUUAGGUGCCAUCCAGUCAGUUCCGACCCACAGCGACCCUAUGUACAACAGAAUGAAACACUGCCCGGUCCUGCACCAUCCUUACAAUUGUUGUUAUGCUUAGGAUAUGAAUGUUUAUGCGUUCCAUUUCAUUUUUGAUGACUUCCAAUUUCCCUAGAUUCAUACUUUGUACAUUCCAUGUUCCGAUUAUUAAUUGAUGUUUGCAGCUGUUUCUUCUCAUUUUGAAUCAUGCCACAUCAGCAAAUGAAGGUUCCAAAAGCUUGAGUCUCUUCAUGUCAUUAAAGUCAACUUUACUUUGAGGAGCCAGCUCUUCCCCAGUCAUCUUUGAGUGCCUUCCAACCUCAGGGGCUCAUCUUCCAGCACUGUAUCAGACAAUGUUCUGCUGCUAUUCAUAAGGUUUCAUAAGGUUACUACUUUUCAGAAAUGGACUGCCGGGUCCUUCUUCCUAGUCUGUCUUAGUCCAGAAACUAAGCUGAAACCUCCCCGCCUUGGGCGACCCUGCUGGUAUGUAUACUGGCGGCAUAGCUUCCAGCAUUACAGCAACACCCAAGCCCCCAUAGUACGACAAACUGAUGGAAACAUGGGAGCAACUUUAAUUACAACUGCAAAUACCCUAUUUCCAAAUAAAAUCACAUUCUGAGGUUCUAGUCAUGAAUUUUUUGGGAACACUAUUCAACCUAACAUUGUUAUUGUGUGCCGUCAAGUAGCACUGCCCAAUAGGGUUUCCUGGACUGAAAUCUUUAUGGGAGCAGAUCACCAGGUCUUUUCUCCCAUGGAGUGGUUGGUGAGUUUGAACCACCAACCUUUCUGUUAGCAGCCGAGCACUUAGCCACUGUGCCACCAGGGAGCCUUCAUUCAAACCAAUACAGGUAAUAAAGCAGGAAACCACUAAUCUUGAAAAAGAUGGAAAAGGUGACUCAGUGUAACUAUGACACACGAAUGGCCUUCUUACCAAAAUUCACACUUACAGGUGUGAAAACAAAACUGAUACUUUGUUUUGACUUCGUUUUGAAUAAUUAUACACAUCACUUCCUGCAAUAAAGGAUAAGAAAAAAAAAAAAAAAAAAA